AUGGACCUGAGGGAUUUUUACCUGUUGGCUGCUCUGAUUGCCUGUUUAAGGCUGGAUUCCGCAAUAGCUCAAGAACUUAUUUACACUAUUAGAGAGGAAUUGCCUGAAAAUGUGCCCAUAGGAAACAUACCAAAGGAUCUGAACAUUUCUCACAUCAAUGCUGCCACAGGGACCAGUGCCAGCCUUGUCUACAGACUGGUUUCUAAAGCUGGGGAUGCCCCUUUGGUGAAAGUAUCCAGUAGCACUGGGGAAAUUUUCACAACCUCCAAUAGAAUAGACAGAGAAAAACUCUGUGCUGGAGCCUCUUAUGCUGAGGAGAAUGAGUGUUUCUUUGAACUUGAGGUAGUGAUCCUCCCCAAUGAUUUUUUCAGGCUGAUCAAAAUAAAAAUAAUUGUCAAGGAUACCAAUGAUAAUGCCCCCAUGUUUCCAUCCCCUGUCAUCAAUAUUUCCAUUCCAGAAAACACUUUGAUCAACAGCCGCUUUCCAAUUCCAUCAGCAACAGAUCCUGACACAGGCUUCAAUGGUGUACAGCAUUAUGAAUUGUUAAAUGGGCAGAGUGUUUUUGGACUGGAUAUCGUGGAAACUCCGGAGGGAGAGAAGUGGCCGCAAUUGAUUGUUCAGCAAAACUUGGACAGAGAACAGAAAGAUACCUAUGUGAUGAAAAUCAAAGUAGAGGAUGGAGGCACUCCACAGAAAUCCAGCACGGCCAUACUGCAGGUCACAGUAAGUGAUGUAAAUGACAACAGGCCAGUGUUUAAAGAGGGUCAAGUGGAGGUGCAUAUUCCAGAGAAUGCUCCUGUGGGCACCUCUGUAAUUCAGCUCCAUGCCACUGAUGCAGAUAUAGGCAGUAAUGCUGAAAUCCGGUACAUUUUUGGUGCCCAGGUCGCCCCUGCAACCAAAAGGCUCUUUGCUUUAAAUAAUACUACUGGACUGAUUACAGUUCAGAGGUCCCUAGAUCGAGAGGAGACAGCCAUUCACAAAGUGACAGUGCUGGCUAGUGAUGGCAGCUCCACUCCUGCUCGAGCAACGGUUACCAUCAAUGUCACUGAUGUAAAUGAUAACCCUCCUAACAUAGACCUCAGGUACAUUAUAAGUCCCAUCAAUGGCACAGUGUAUUUAUCUGAGAAAGAUCCUGUCAAUACAAAGAUUGCCCUAAUUACAGUUUCAGAUAAGGACACAGAUGUGAAUGGCAAAGUGAUCUGUUUUAUUGAAAGAGAGGUCCCAUUUCAUUUGAAGGCAGUAUACGAUAACCAAUAUUUGUUAGAGACCUCCUCUUUGUUGGACUAUGAGGGCACCAAAGAAUUCAGCUUUAAAAUUGUUGCCUCUGAUUCUGGGAAACCCAGUUUAAAUCAGACUGCCCUGGUAAGGGUUAAGCUUGAGGAUGAAAAUGACAACCCACCAAUUUUCAACCAGCCUGUAAUUGAGCUGUCAGUUUCUGAAAACAACCGACGUGGGUUAUACUUAACAACUAUUAGUGCCACAGAUGAAGACAGUGGGAAAAAUGCGGACAUUGUUUAUCAGCUUGGACCGAAUGCCUCCUUCUUUGAUUUGGACCGAAAGACAGGAGUUUUGACAGCCUCCAGAGUCUUUGACAGAGAAGAACAGGAGCGGUUCAUUUUUACAGUAACUGCCAGGGACAAUGGAACCCCUCCCCUCCAAAGCCAAGCGGCCGUGAUAGUUACUGUUCUGGAUGAGAAUGACAAUAGCCCCAAGUUUACUCAUAAUCAUUUUCAAUUUUUUGUGUCUGAGAAUCUGCCAAAGUAUAGUACUGUGGGGGUAAUCACAGUGACAGAUGCAGAUGCUGGAGAGAAUAAAGCUGUGACUCUCUCCAUUCUAAAUGACAAUGAUAAUUUUGUGCUGGAUCCCUAUUCUGGAGUCAUAAAGUCAAAUGUCUCAUUUGAUAGAGAGCAGCAGAGUUCCUACACUUUUGAUGUCAAAGCCACUGAUGGAGGACAACCACCUCGUUCCUCCACUGCAAAAGUAACUAUCAAUGUCAUGGAUGUCAAUGACAAUAGUCCAGUUGUCAUUUCUCCACCUUCCAACACUUCUUUUAAGUUGGUACCCCUCUCAGCCAUUCCUGGCUCUGUGGUAGCAGAAGUUUUUGCAGUGGAUAUCGACACUGGGAUGAACGCCGAACUGAAGUAUACAAUUGUGAGUGGGAACAACAAAGGCUUGUUUCGGAUCGAUCCAGUAACAGGUAACAUCACUCUGGAAGAGAAGCCAGCACCUACUGAUGUGGGCUUGCACCGUUUGGUGGUCAAUAUAAGUGACCUGGGAUACCCUAAGUCUUUGCACACACUCGUGCUUGUUUUUCUUUACGUUAAUGACACCGCUGGGAAUGCCUCCUAUAUCUAUGACUUGAUUCGCAGGACUAUGGAGACCCCACUGGAUAGGAACAUAGGGGACAGUAGCCAACCCUAUCAAAAUGAGGACUAUCUCACCAUCAUGAUUGCCAUCGUCGCAGGGGCCAUGGUGGUCAUAGUGGUGAUCUUCGUCACCGUCCUGGUGCGAUGUCGCCAUGCAUCGAGGUUCAAAGCAGCUCAGAGGAGCAAGCAAGGUGCUGAGUGGAUGUCCCCAAACCAGGAGAACAAACAAAACAAGAAAAAGAAAAGGAAGAAAAGAAAGUCUCCCAAGAGCUCUCUUUUGAACUUUGUUACAAUUGAAGAGUCCAAACCUGACGAUGCAGUUCACGAACCUAUCAAUGGGACAAUAAGCCUGCCCGCUGAGCUGGAGGAGCAAAGUAUAGGAAGAUUUGACUGGGGCCCAGCCCCUCCAACAACCUUCAAGCCUAACAGCCCUGACCUGGCCAAGCACUACAAAUCUGCUUCUCCACAGCCUGCUUUUCAUCUUAAACCAGACACUCCGGUUUCCGUGAAAAAGCAUCAUGUGAUUCAGGAACUCCCUUUGGACAACACCUUUGUCGGGGGUUGUGACACCCUCUCCAAACGCUCUUCCACUAGUUCAGAUCACUUCAGUGCCUCAGAGUGCAGUUCCCAAGGAGGCUUCAAGACAAAGGGCCCCUUACACACCAGACAGUGUAACUCACACAGCAAAAGUGACAAUAUUCCUGUCACUCCUCAGAAAUGUCCCAGCUCUGCGGGUUUCCACAUUCAGGAGAAUGAAGAAAGCCAUUACGAGUCGCAGCGCCGCGUUACGUUUCACCUCCCCGACGGCUCCCAGGAAAGCUGCAGUGACAGUGGUCUAGGCGACCACGAGCCGGUGGGUAGUGGAACCCUGAUCUCACACCCUCUUCCUCUGGUUCAGCCACAGGACGAGUUCUACGACCAGGCCUCUCCGGACAAGAGGACCGAAGCAGAUGGCAACUCCGACCCCAACUCUGAUGGGCCUUUGGGUCCCCGAGGAUUAGCUGAAGCCACAGAGAUGUGCACUCAAGAGUGCUUGGUUUUGGGUCACUCUGAUAAUUGCUGGAUGCCUCCUGGCUUGGGCCCAUAUCAACACCCUAAAUCUCCUCUCUCAACCUUUGCACCCCAGAAAGAAUGGGUCAAGAAGGACAAGCUUGUGAAUGGGCACACCCUUACCAGAGCCUGGAAAGAAGAUAGCAACAGGAACCAGUUCAAUGACCGUAAGCAGUAUGGCUCCAAUGAAGGCCAUUUCAACAAUGGCAGCCACAUGACAGACAUUCCUCUGGCAAAUCUGAAGUCUUAUAAGCAAGCAGGAGGUACUAUUGAGAGUCCGAAGGAGCACCAACUCUAA